AUGGGUAAAUCAGGCAAAGGUAAAGGAGGAAAGAACAGAAGAAGAGGAAAGAAUGUCAAUGGAGGCCAAAAGAGAGAAUUAAUCUUAAAAGAGGAUGGCCAAGAAUACGCACAAAUUACGAAGAUGGUUGGUAAUGGUAGACUUGAAGUGACAUGCUUUGACGGAAUUAAACGUAUGGGACAUAUUAGAGGAAAGUUGAGAAAGAAGGUGUGGAUGUCGCAGGGAGAUAUCAUUUUGGUGUCUUUGAGAGAUUUUCAAGACGACCAGUGUGAUGUUGUUCACAAAUACAACUCGGAUGAGGCUAGGGCAUUGAAGAGCAACGGUGAAUUACCCGAGAAUGCCAAGAUUAAUGAAACUGAUACAUUUGGUGCUGAUGAUGAUGAAGAAGUCAACUUCGAGUUUGGUGCUGAGGAUGAUGACGAUGAAGAAGAGGAUGACGAGUUGGAUAUCGAUGAUAUUUAG